AUGCCUUUCAACACCGCGUUGACCCGCAAGUUGGGAAUUGCAGUCCCGAUCAUUCAAGGGGGUAUGCAAUGGGUUGCUUAUGCGGAGCUAGCCUCUGCAGUCAGUAAUGCCGGUGGAUUGGGUAUACUCAGUGCACUAACACAAAGUACUCCUGACGAUUUACGAAAAGAAAUCAGAAAAUGCCAAUCCAUGACCAACAAACCUUUCGGGGUAAAUCUUACCCUACUCCCCUCUCUUAAUCCCCCAGACUACGCGGCCUACGCACGCGUCAUAGCAGAAGAGGGAGUGAAAAUCGUGGAAACAGCAGGUCACAAUCCAGGGCCUAUCAUCGCACAACUCAAGAAGGCAAACAUAAUCAUCCUACAUAAAUGCACUACGAUUAGACAUGCGAAGUCGGCCAUUAAACUGGGUGUGGACUUUCUUUCCAUCGACGGCUUCGAAUGUGCCGGCCACGUUGGCGAGCAUGAUUUAACAAGCUUCAUUCUCCUUGGGCGCGCUCGCCAAGAGCUGAAGGUGCCAUUUAUUGCCUCAGGUGGGUUUGCGGAGGGGCGGGGACUGGCUGCUGCUCUGGCGCUUGGGGCAGAAGGUAUAAAUAUGGGUACUCGGUUCUUGUGCACGGUCGAAGCUCCUAUCCACCAGAAGAUUAAGGAGGCUAUUGUCCAUGCACAGGAAACGGAUACUACCUUGGUUAUGCGGCGAUGGAGGAAUACUAGUCGUUAUUUUGCAAAUACAGUCACUCAGGCUGUGCUGAAAAUCGAGAAAGAAUCGGCGUCAGGCGAGUUUUCUGACAUUGCGCCAUUUGUUAAUGGUCAGCGUGGUCGACAGGUGUUUCUGAAUGGAGAUAUUCAUCAUGGGGUAUGGACGGUCGGCCAGGCUGUUGGACUGAUCCAGGACAUUCCCACGUGUGAAGAUCUAGUUCGUCGUGUCGAACGGGAGUCGGUGCUGGCAAUUGAAGGAAUUCACAGGCUUUACCAUGAUCGCCCCCUGCAGAGCAAGUUAUAA